UAACUAUCACAACUCAACAUUUUUUGAGAACAAGACGAGGCUUUAUUUAUAUACUUAUUCAGUGAACAUUUCAAUGAUAAUAGUUAAGUGCUGGUGUAUAGAAAUAGGUAACAAAUCUUUUUUAUUUUGAUUAUAAAUCAAAUAUACACAUUAAUAAUGAAUGAACUUUAUUUUAUAAAUACAAUAUUUCGUGCUUUUGCAAGACAAAUUUUAUAUUACCGUGAUUAUACUAAUAAAGAAGUCUGUGCUGAGGGAAGGGGUAGCAACGGGAACAAGUGCCUUAGGACGCUACACAUUUAAGGGGCGUCAAUGUCAGUUAGCAAGGCACUGUUAAUAAAUAUGGUAUUUACGAGUAAAAUAGAUAGAGAAAAUUGCAAAAGUUAAUAGUUCAGUACGGUGUGAAUACAAGGUUUCUCAACAUCAUUAGCUAUGAAAUGAAGUUAUAUACAUAAAAUUUCUCACUAAUAUGAGUGAAAUACAAGCUACCAUAGAAUUUGCUAUCGAGUACUGCAAAUUUUACAACAUCGAUUUAUUCCAACGAGGUUUAUAUCGCAUAAGAACUGAACUAAAAGUUUCUCCAAAACUAUCCGUUCAGGUAGAAGUCAGCUUGAAAAAACAUCAACAAAAACAUGAUAACCAAAAAAAUACACAAUUUUGUUAUGUAGAAAAUGGUGAAGAUCUUGGAGUCAGCAAGACUUUUCGAAUACUUUAUAGGCAUGAAGAAAUUCUCCUUGAUGAUAUUAUACUGUUUAAAGCACAUGUGCUUGUAGACAGUAACAAACUUCAAGAUAGUCUUGAACGUGCAGGGUUUAUUUUGAACGUAGAGUUAUGGUUCGGAGAAAAUGGUUCAAUGUGUUGUGUUUCAACAAGAAGCUUACAACUACACAUAUGUCCUUCUCGGGGAUUGCAUUAUCAUUUGCCAGUACUAUUUGAUUAUUUCCAUUUGUCAGCUGUAACUUUGACAAUUCACGCAAACUUGGUUGCAUUACACCAACCUUAUAUCAAAAAGAGCAUUUUGAGCUACAUGCAAAGCUGUGCUCCAAGAACUAGUAAAACGUGGUUGUCGAACAAUACACCUCGAUUUAACUUUAGAUCAUCACAUUCCAUUGAAUCAGUAUUUUUUGGUAGUACGAAUGGUCAAAAUGGACCAAUGAAAUGUGUUGGAAAUUCAAGUAACAUGACUAAUAAUAAUCAUGUCAAUCGAAUGCUUAAUGCUCGGCUUAUUCAUCGUGAGGUGUGUUCUUUGCUGUCGGAAUCUUUUGAAAAUCUCCAUUCUACAAUUGCUCAAUACAACAAUAUAAUGCCUGUAUGGCAACAAGUAGAGACACCAGCUGGUUUAAAAAACGCUGUUAUCAUUCCUCAGACUAAUAAGAUUUUAGAUGAAGAUGAAUUUUUAGCUCUAGCAAAUAGUAGUAUAGCUCAAUUAUGUGCUCAAAAUAUAUUGCUUUGGCAUCAUUUUUUGGAUAAUUUUACAAAAAAACAGGCUGUAAAUCAACAUCUAUCAAAAAAACAUCAUCAAUUACGUGUUAAGAGGUUUGCUGAAGCUUUUUUUGUGUUAGAAAAUCCUAGACAAAGUGCAGCCGGUUGUUAUGACGAUCAUAACAACUAUCAACAUUACAGGGCAAUAUCAGAAGCUGCGAGGAGAUCGAGGUAUCUAGCUGCACUACCGCCACUGCCAGUUCAUUGUUCUGCUACAGAUGGCGAUCCUAUUACUUUACCAGUAAUAUUUGAAGAUCAGUACACAAAAUCAGGAUCUAACACAAUGCGAUCAGAUAGUGAUUCAAUAGUAAAUUCAUAUAACGCUCAAAUUAGUAAACUUCGAUCAACAUUACUAUUUAAUGAAGACUGUAAUUGUGGUAUAGCAGCAAUACUAGAAUCAAGAAGAUGUAGUCAAAUGGCACAAUCUGGAAGAUUAAUUAAAAAACAAGGUGAACAAUUUAACGAUAAUUCACGAAUCAAAACAAGACACAGUAAAUCACUGGAUCAACUAUUAAGAUCAACAGUGAUGGAAACCCCAAUGUUAUCAUUACCUUUAAGUUUUUCUAGAACAUUUGAACCUAAUAAUAAUAUUAAUCUGGAUGAAAAAUCAUUACACUUAAAAACUUUAAUUCAAAAAAAACCAGACAUCAUACAAAGUAAUGAAAUAAUGACACUACCACGUCGUAUGAAAGAUAAUAUUAAACCACCUGAGUUCAGAGUACAGCUGAGUGGCUAUGCUUCAUUGCCAUUAAGAAAAAAUAGUAAACGAGCAACAAGAGCGGUAAAUAGGAUUGAGAGGAAAAGCAAAAUUGCAUCAAAUAAAAGUCAUUCACCAUCGUCUGAUGAAGAAUCUAUAGUUUUCAAAUUAGGAACAAGUACUAGUGUUCCAAUGAAAUUGGGUAUCUUGAACACAUCUCCUAUCACAGUGAAUUAUACAAAUAGCGCAACUUCUAUACCAGAUGUCAUAAAAGAAAAAAAAACAUUUAGUGUUGCAAAUAGUAGUGAAUCUAUGCCAGAUCUUGCAGUAAAUGCAAUGACACGUUUUUCUUCUGUGUCAGAUAGUGAUAUUACUUCUGAACAGAGUGGAUGGGUAUCCAGUCGUCGAUCUUCGUUAUCAUCACUUUCUGGUGAAAUGACGCCAAAAGCAGAAGAUCCUUACGGAACUAGACAACAUUUAUGUAUGGGGAAAGAAUUGCAAAAAAGAUUGUUAAAAUUGUUAGAAGAAUCGCCAAAUCGAAGAGUAAAAACAAUAGAGAAAAAAGAAAAAAGAGCUAACGAAAAAAUAAAAAAAGAAUCAAAAGAUACAAAAUUUGUUAAUUCCGAACAAGUCUAUGAAGAAGUACGUUUGCCACCUCCAAGGCAAUUUCGAGAUAUUCCACUUCCACCGGAACCUUUUAGAGAUACAAUUCCUCAGCCAGAAUCAGUUGAUAACUUAUUAUAUCAUAUGUAUGAAACAGUAAAAGAAGCACGGUGGAAUGAUGAACAUAGAAAAGCAAUAAAACAAAAAUGUACAAACAAUUCAAAUAAGACCAUAACUAGAACAAAAAAAAGUAAUUCGGAACCAGAAUACUACGACGAAGACAUGCACAAAGACGUGAAAGCUGAUAUUAGAAUUCAAUCGUACAGCAGCGUAGACGAUAAUUCAAUGUUUCAAAAGUACAAAGAACAGUUUAAAAAACAACUUAGUUUCACAGGAAUGAUUUAUAGUGAUAUACCCAUAUUGGCCUCAACAUUGCCAUAUUUUCAUAUUAGCGAGGAUUUACGAAUGUUUUCGCCCGAAGGUGUUCAUCUCAUAGUUUGUGUCCACGGACUAGAUGGCAAUUCAGCUGAUCUGAGACUUGUAAAAACUUACAUACAACUAGGUUUACCUGGAACUCAUUUAGAAUUUUUAAUGUCUGAAAGAAAUCAGGGUGAUACAUUUUCAGAUUUUGAACGCAUGACAGAUCGUCUUGUUAAUGAAAUCCAUAGUCACAUAGCUUCAUAUCAUAUGGUUCCUUAUCCUUCACGAAUAAGUUUUGUCGGUCAUUCAUUAGGAACGAUUAUUAUUCGUGCAGCAAUCACUCGUCCACAAAUGAAACAUUUGUUGCCGAAAAUGCAUACAUUUUUAUCAUUAUCUGGACCUCAUUUAGGCACAUUGUACAAUACAAGCGGUCUUGUUAAUAUGGGUUUGUGGUUUAUGCAAAAAGUGAAAAAAAGUGGAACUCUAUUGCAAUUAUCAUUAAAAGAUUCAACUGAUAUUCGACAAACAUUUCUUUAUCAAUUGGCUCAAAAUUGUCAUUUAAGUUAUUUCAAACAUGUUCUAUUGUUUGGAUCAUCACAAGACAGAUAUGUUCCACCACAUUCAGCCAGGAUAGAGUUAUGUAAAGCAGCAAUAAAAGACACUACGUCAACAGGGUUAGCAUAUAGAGAAAUGGUGAACAACAUAUUGUGUCCAAUUAUCAAUAAACCUGAAGUAACAUUUAUUAGAUAUGAUGUACACCACGCAUUACCUAAUACAGCUAAUUCACUAAUUGGACGUGCUGCUCAUAUUGCAGUUUUAGAUUCAGACUUGUUCAUAGAAAAAUUUCUUGUAGUAACAGGACUCAAGUAUUUCCGAUAA